UGUUUCUGGACACUUUGUGGAAUUGCCGCCAUUGAAACAAGACAAUUAAACCGAGUUGGCAGCACUUACUCUACACACAAAGUGCUCAUUUAAUUAGUUCGCAUUUUAGACGACGAAAGUGAUUCCGGUCAUCGACUACGAAUCCAACCAAUCAUCUGGCGAACUUUCACUUCAGCAAGUGUUUUCAUAUAAAUACAUACAAUUUUGUACCAGAAAUGAGCAGAAAUUCGGUUGAUAUACAUGCAAGCUAUCAACCGCAGCACUGAGAUAACAUAUAUAUUUUCUACAACAAAAACGUUUGGUCUAGAGUAAUAUUUAAAUUAAGCUCGAGCUCUAAUGUACAACUCUCAAGGAGUAUGUAGACAACAAUAACAACAAGCUAGAGGGCACAUCAAUAUAUUCCAAAACACUCCAUUAGCGCAUAGUUAGAAUAUAUAUUAAAGAAAUUUAUCGAGAACAACAGCAACAGAAACAACAACAGCGAAAGCGAAAGCAAUAAACGACGAACCUCAGCGUUAAGCAAAAAGAUUUACUAUUAAAAAAAUAUAUCUAGAACUAUAUACACUGAUAUAUUUAAAUAUAGAGUAGUUGUAUAGUCCACAAUCGGAAUCGGAAUCGGUAUUCAAAAUUGUUUUGAACAGAGAGAAGAAAAUUUAUAACAGAAGAAAAAAAGAAUUAGAAAAGUUUUCGUUGUUUUAGUCAUUAACUGAAGUCUUAGUUGUUCAAGUUGAACGAUAUAUAUAAUAUAUAUAUAUACAUUUUGUAUAUGAUUGUGAACGUGCGUGCAUUGCAUUUUUAUAUCAAAACAAAAUAGUUAGAUAUCGCAGGCAUCUAGUUUUUUCUGAUAACAGUGUUUUUGUAUUGAUGUGGACAUUAGUUGUAGAUUAGUUAAUACAACGCAUCCAAAGGACGACAACAGCAGCAACAAGAGAGGCAGCAGCACCAGAAGCAAUAGGUAAAAACCAAAUCAAUCGAAAACAUCAGGAUCAUCAGCAGCUUGCAUCUGGCAAACAUGGACGAGUCGCAGCCAAAGACAUUGUAUGUGGGCAAUCUGGAUGGCUCGGUUUCGGAGGAUCUGCUGAUCGCGCUGUUUGGCAAAAUGGGUCCAGUUAAGAGCUGUAAAAUCAUACGGGAACCAGGCAAUGAUCCCUAUGCCUUCAUCGAAUAUUCCAAUUAUCAGGCGGCCAGCACCGCCCUGACGGCCAUGAACAAACGUGUUUUUCUCGACAAAGAGAUCAAGGUCAACUGGGCCACUAGUCCGGGCAACACGCCCAAGACAGACAUCAGUUCGCACCAUCACAUAUUUGUAGGAGACCUUAGUCCAGAAAUUGAGACGGAGACACUGCGCGAGGCGUUCGCGCCAUUUGGCGAGAUAUCAAACUGUCGCAUUGUGCGCGAUCCACAGACCAUGAAAUCGAAGGGCUAUGCCUUUGUGUCAUUUGUUAAGAAGGCCGAAGCUGAGAAUGCUAUUCAGGCAAUGAACGGCCAAUGGAUUGGUUCACGUUCUAUACGCACGAAUUGGUCAACGCGCAAAUUGCCACCUCCGCGGGAAUCGUCCAAAUCGGGUGGCCAAGGUGGCGGCAUGGGUGGCAUGGGCGGCGGCGGCGGCGCCGGUAAUGGCAUUAAGAACCAACGACACACCUUUGAGGAGGUGUACAAUCAAUCGAGUCCCACAAACACCACCGUUUACUGUGGCGGCUUUCCGCCCAAUGUCAUCAGCGAUGAACUGAUGCAUAAGCAUUUCAUGCAAUUUGGCCCCAUACAGGAUGUACGCGUUUUCAAGGACAAGGGCUUCGCGUUCAUUAAAUUCGUUUCAAAAGAAGCAGCGGCCCGCGCCAUAGAACAUACGCACAACAGCGAGGUGCACGGCAAUCAUGUCAAGUGCUUCUGGGGCAAGGAAAACGGCGGCGAUAAUUCGGCCAACAAUGCAGCCGUUGCGGCGGCUGCCUCUGCAAAUGUGGCAGCUGUUGCGGCAGCCAAUGCAGCCGCUGCUGCGGGUGCUGCCGGCAUGCCUGGACAAAUGAUGACGCAGCAACAGAUCGCUGCAGCCACUGGGGCUGCGUUACCCGGCCAAAUGAUGACGCCCCAACAGAUAGCUGCUGCUACGGCGGCGGCGCAGGCGCAGUAUCCCUAUGCGGCAGCAUACCAGCAAAUGGGCUACUGGUACCCACCGGCGCAGAGCUAUCCGGCCCAGAUGCAAACGCAGUACAUGCAGCAGGGCUAUUAUCCUUACGCCUACGCCACUAGUGCUCAACAAGCGGGAGGCGUUCCUGCCGGGUACCGUGUGAUGCCGCCAAAUAUGGCAUGGGGAGUGCCAGGCGCCACUGUGGUGCCAGGCGUGUCUGCCGCUGCCAGCGCGGCUGCUGCCGCGAACGGUUCACUUGCCCCACAGAUGAUGUACAGCGCUGCGAUGCCACAAUAUCAAACCCAAUGAGCGGAGACGUGACGCCUGCUUCGACGCCGUCUGCAAUAUCCAGACAGCCGCUGCAACCAACGACCACAUCCGCAUCAGCGUCCGCAACAGCAAAAACAACAACAAUUACAACAAAAACAACAACAACAACAGACCAAAAACGUGUUCGAGUCUGAGUCAACAGCAGGCACCGAUGACAACAACAACAAUAAUAACCGAAGCAGCAGAACAAACUGCGACAACUGAAUCUUAACUUAAUGUUUGAGUUCCAAUCGUUUCUGGGCCCAACAUUGUGUUGGUUUAGUUUGUCUGGCUGUGCGCUAGUUUUUGUCAUCAAUUGCCCUUUGUUUAUGCAGAUAUGCAGACAUGAUGUGCGUUUAGCAAAAGUAAAAUGCAGCUGGUCGGAGCAAAGCGUUGAACUAAAAGUUGAAUCGUGCGCAGCGAAGCUCUGGGCGACGGGCGGGUAGCUGUAACAAUCUAAUCCAAUCUAAGUACAUGUUAAAAUAAUUUAAUAAUUUGUAAUUUAAGGCAGAUAUAGGCGUAUACAAGAAACGAAAACAAACACAAAAACAAAAACAAAACAAGUAACGUUUAAACAACAUCAACAAUUGAAUAAAAUAAAACAAACAAAAGCAAAAACAAAAACAAUCGAUCGUGACAAAGCAAAUUGUAAUUGUGGAUUUGCAAUUAACGUUUAAAUAUUGUGCGUCUCAACUGAGAAGGCAAACAAAUGCAAAUUAAACAGGCCGAAAAUAAAAGCAUAAACAAAUUUAGGAUUUAAGCGAUUGUAAAUGCGAGCAUAUAUUCAUAAUUGCGAUAUGUGAAUUAUGUAUGUAAAAA